AAACAACACAACAGACAUCUUGAUUGCAGUUUUUGGUGCGGCUUUCCCUAAAAAAAAUUAUUUUCUCCUUUAAUAUGACAGAAAAAUAAUCGGAUCGCCUUUAUGUUUCUUCUUUUUUGUUCGGUGUUUGUUAAUUCAUACAGAAUACUUACUCUCGAUGUGUUAUUUUUAAUAAGUAUGACGUCAUGUGAUGGCUUUUAUUUAAUGAGGAGCUCAGUUUUAUAAGGGUGGAGUGAGUUACAUUGGAUCUCUUUGGUUAUUUUUAAAUCAGUUGGAUCUCUGAAGAUUAUGAAUUAUUUGUUGUUCAAGCACACUUUAAUGAAACCCCACAUGCAUCACAGUUUCUCACCAGGAAAGUCCAAUUGUUUGGAUUCUAUAACAAAUACCCAAAAUGAUCAUAAAAUUAAAGAAGUUUGGUCCAAACACAAUUUUAAUAAUGACAAAGUCAAGAUAGAAACUAUAAACUUGAAUCACAUUAAGACAACUUGGGGCGCAGAAACUGGCACUAAAGAGCCAGGCGAAGUCGCCGAAUUGGUUUCCGAUAUCAAAAAAGAAAAUGUGGAGUCCACUGAAAAUGCAGCUGAAAAUUCACAAACCAACGAUCAAGGGGACCAAGAGGACAAGGAAGGGACGACGUCUCCUUCUCAUCAUGCCCGCAGACCUCCAAAUGCAUUUUUAAUUUUCUGUAAGAAACAUCGGCCUAUCGUUAGACAGAGAUAUCCGACCACCGAAAAUAGGGGCGUUACCAAGAUUCUGGGCGAAUGGUGGGCUCUUCUAAAUAUUGUGGAAAAGCAGCCUUAUAAUGACCUUGCUAAAGAAUACAAAGAUGCAUUUCUAUCUGCAAAUCCGGGGUUUCGGUGGUACAAACUUCCAGCACCUCCAUUGCGAACUUUGAGCACGAGACCAACUACCAUUUCCAAGCCACCCAUUCCAGUGAGCAGUGCGUCAUUGACUUGCUUAUCAGAGUUCACCCCUGGCAAGUUGGCUGACGAAUCUCAACUCGGAGGUUUGACGUCAUUAAUGAACAACUUCAUUGGCGUUCAAAAUUCCAUCAAUAACUCUUUUUACAAAAUUGAGGACAAUAAUAAUGAACCUAUUGACUUUAAGAAGGAUCAAACUUCCAUAAGUGAUUUGGACGUUCCAGAAGGUUGUCAGAGUCCAGAUGAGUUUAUUAAAACUGAAAUUCCUCCAAGGCCUAUCAAAAAACGCGUAUUUGAGCAAUUUGUCGAAGAGGAGAAGAAAUGCCCAAAUGAUGUAUUCCGGGAGUCAAAUGAAAACAUAACACAGCAAGAUUUACUAAAUAAAGUUGUAGAUGAUAUUUUUUCCUUUGACAGUGAUGGUCAAAAGGAACAGAGAAAAAGUGAUCGAAUGUGCAAGGGCAAAAGGUAUGAGCGAUUCAUGGUGGAAGGUAAACUAUUAGGAAGCAAACGCGAAAACAAACUAACCCAAAAUUACAAACUGAAUCGAGGACCGCUGAAAGUUGAACAAGAAACCAUCACAUCAAAAUCUCAGGAACCACCCAAAUUUGAUUUAGAAACUACAAUUAAACGACUUGCCGAGAGAACUAAUGUUAAGUUGGACUUUGAGGCUGAAGAUUUUAAACCCAAAUCCGAAAGAGUUAGGACUAAUUCAGAAACCUCAGAACCAUCAGCUUCUAAAUCUCAGUCAGUUAGUUUUAAUCUGGACCUCAGGAUAGAUCAUCUUCCAAGUCUGAGCUAUGACAAUUUCCUAAUCCGAAAGAAAGAGAGCAAAAAGCGCAAAAUCAAAAUAAAAACUGAAUCCUUGGAGCAGAGAAGCAAAGUUCCCAGAUUAGGGAAAUCAGAGAGCCACUUGGUUGGUUCACAGAAAAGGAAGAACAAAAACAGCAUCACACAUUUGAAUAAAACGGAAAACGCCGAGUUAGGAGGGAAUAAUGCCUUGUUGGGAUUAGCUACUUUAGCUUUAGUUGCUGCCAGUACUGAAAAAAUUGAUGAAAAUACCUUUGCUGUGUAAGUUUUAUGAUUUUUAUUAUGUUUUAUUCCACAAUAAGGUUUGGAACUAUUAACUAUAGAGUGUUGAAUAUGGUUUUAAUUUGAUAUUAUUUUUUAUUCAACAUUUGAUAUCUUCUCUCUAUAUAUGUAUAUUAAUAGUUUAUUAUCUCUAUAUGAAGCAUUUGUUAUUUGUAUUUAAUGAUUAUUUAGGUUCGUUGUUAUAUUUUUAUUAAGGGAUGUUGCCUAUUUUGAACCAUUGUGCGUGUGUCCUCUAGUUCUCCCUUUCCCUCUAUAUAUAAAUGAAAGUAUAAACAAAGUACAUGCCGCAUUGUGUUAAAGAGUAUGAAACAAAUGAAAAAAUUACAAGUAAGCUAACUAGGUUCAAAGAUUCAAUAUUUUUUUACGGGUUAAGCAGAAUAGUAAAUUAAUAUAAUAUGUCUAGUCACAAAUGUGCUUCAUAUGUUGGGCACAUUGUAAGAAAUAAAAUUUACCGCUUCUAAGUAAGAAAAGUGAUUCAUAUAAGAAAUUGAUCAUUAUAGAAAAAUUGUGGUUAUCUUGUGGAUGAAAUUUUACCAUUGUAAGUCGAUAUAUUACGAGGUAAUAGGUACACCUCGUAACAUUCUAAACCAGAUGUUGGAUCCAGCACGCUAAUGAACCAAGAUUGAUCAAUGUCGAGUGCCUGCUCAAUGACUUUGAACACCAAAUAGGAUAUAUUUUUGUUGCAGUGCUACACAGUUUUUGGUAAACCUUAAUGCUUUGCUUUUUUUAAUGAUUAGCAAAGAGAAAUAUUCUAUUUCAUGGUAUUUACCAAACUUUUUACCAAGGACGCUAUUAAAUGUUUGUUGUGAUAAUUUAAUCUACUUUUUAGCAGUAACAAUAUGGCAGAUAUGGAGUGGUUAUUUUUGAGAGAGUGUAUAAUCAUUAUUAAAUUUUUUAUAAAUUGGGAGAAUGAAAAAUAAAAAGGCAAUGAAGUGAAGUAUGACAUAUUGUAAUUUUUUUGAAAUUUUAAAAAAUAGAAGGAGAUCUCUCCAUGUAGAUAUUUUGUUAUAGUUUAUUGUGUUUAUUGUUUUUGUGUCACAUAAGGAAUCCAAUUUCUAAUCGUUAAUACCAAAUUAUAAUUUGUAUUUAUACCAAUUAUAUAUUAUAUAAACAUGUUAUUACUUUAUAGAGUCUAGGUGUUUUUCUAUGUUCUAAUGUUAUAGAUAUUUCAAUAUUUUUAAGGUAGAGUGUGAGAUAUAUAAUAACUGUUGAUCUGAGGUGUGAUUGUUUAUAAUAAACAUUUAAAAUGUUUUAUGUGAUAUCAAGAGUUGAAACUUUAUCAAAUUUUUUUCGCUAUAUGUUAUCAAUACCGUCAACUCAAAGUACUCUUUAUAUCCCAUUUUAAGUUCAAUUUGUGAUGUUUGUCGCUUACAUUGAACAUAUCUUAUCGCCUGUUCAGUGCUUGGCUCUAUUUUAUUUAAAAUUAAUUUACAAAAAUUUUGGAAAAAUUACAUUACAAAAGGUAAAGUACCCAAAAGCAGAGGACCCUUUGUUUCCUUUCAAUUAUUUUACACAUUAAAAAAACUUCAGCAUCUGCUGCUACUCAACCAAUUUCAUUAAGACAAAUACAGCUUAAACUUUUAUUAUAGGAAGUUGGAGCAACUUAGUGGCACCCGAGUAUACAUUAUAUACAGCUCUUUCUUGAUCUAAAGUUAGGGAAAUGAGUGAAAGAACUUUUUUCGACCUUAUUAUUAAUAUAUGGUAUUUGACCUUCAACACAAUAUUUUGGUUACACAAAAAUAUAGCUUUUCCUGGUGGUAUUGCCGAGUUUCUUGAGAAGAUCUUGAAACCUUAGAAUUUAUGGGCUGUAUCGAGUGUCUUUUGCCACAUUUGCUUCACACUUAAAUUUAAAUUAUGGCAAACAUUAGAAAAAAAGUAAUUUUCAGUAUUCACAUUUUUGCAACAUCAUAUUUUCGAAAAGGUUUUGUAAUAUAAAAUUUUCUUUAAUUGGAAAUAUACUAUUAAGGUAGUUGCUUAUUAUCGAUCAAUAUUGCAAAAUUUAAGUAUGUAUUUAAUGAAUGAAUAUUGUUUUCUUGCUUUUACCAUCUUAGCCCAAUUUCAUAGUUCAGCUAUUAAUGUCACUUAGUUUGAGAGAACCAUCAACAAUUUGCAGUGAUUAUUUACAGAAUAAAUACCAUUUCAAGUUGCCUGCAAGUGUGUCUGGUUUUUUGUUUUUUUUGAUGUCACAUUACACUAUUAAGGAGUACCAAAAAUGAAAUUUAAGGGGUCAAUAAAACCAAAAUAUCAAUGUGAAUAAAUUGUAGUGUGUGAUAGUUGCCUAACUAUUUGUUUACGUAAAUGCCUCUACAUGGUGAGUCAGUUUUUCUACAUUAUGAAACAUUAUUCAAAUGAAGUUAUGGCUUCUUUAAAAAAAAGCACUUAUAAAAAUUAUUCAAAAACUUUCUGAGGUUGAUUUACACAAAAACUGAUCUACCAUGCCAGUUAUUUGUAGUACUUUUUAGGCCUUCUAACAUCGACCAAAUGUAUAUGUUUUUCUAAAAUAUAAAUGAAAGCCUUAUAGGUGUAAUAUUAAAAUAUAAUUAUCCAAGUUUUAAAAAUAUCUUUGCGGGUUUGUAGGAAUGCAUACAGGAAUAAUGACAUUUUACAAACAAAAUGGGGAUAUAGGUUCCAAAAGUUUAAUUAGUUAAUCUGGAAAUGUAGUUCCUUCCCAGUGCAAUUUCAUAAUUUUUGGAAACCCACACUUUUGUUGACCUCCUUUCUCCGACUUAAUUUCAAUUUAUAAUAAUUGGAUGGCUCUCGAUUGAUAUUGAGGAAGCUUUUACAUUAUUAGUAUGUCAAAAUUAUUGUUUUGAAAUGUUGCACUCUCCUUCACAUUUUAAAAAUUAUAUGUAGGUACAUAAAAAUGCAGGUGAAUAAUCCUCAUUGUGUUUGUAUGCAUAGAUCUAAAAGAUUUGUUACCAUUAUAUGCAUGGUUUGAUAGAUAUAGGAAUGUGAAUGGAUUGUGAUAUGUUAUUUUUCUACGGAACAGAGACAUGUUUUUAUUUAUCCAAGUUGUAUAGUGCCUUUUUAUUUAUUGUACCGUUAUUUACAAAUUUUUAUGCCUUUAGAAGGUUUGACUAAUAUAAAA